AUGAAUUUCAACAACAUUGAAGUCUUCGCGACUGUCCCCUCCUGGCUCUCUGGCUUCCUCUUGGGUCUCUGGCGCUUCACUCCCUACAUCACUGAUCGCGUGGCGGGACUUAUCGUCGCGUUCUUCGUCAUGGUCGCCAUGUUUAUCAUUCACAAGCACCUCCACAAGAACGCGAUCGUCGGCUAUCUCAACCGCCAUGUCGGCGAAGUGCAAAAGAUGAUGCCUCUUGGUCUCCAAGAGUCCCACCGUAAGCGUAUCGCCACUCUAGAGGCCAACCACAACCAGGCCAUGCGCGAAGCCCAAGACGAGAUCCGCCGCCUCCACGGCAAGUUUGACCACAUCGACAGCGAGUACGACUGGACCACCACCAUGUACCAGGGCCAAAUGCGCUGCAAUGAGGAGUAA